AUGGCAAUGGCAGCAAGCACAAGCACAGUGUUAGUUCCUCCUCUCCCUCGGCUACUGACCACCACCACUCGCUGCUCCGCUUUGCCUUAUCUCCCUCCUCCUCGCCUCUCCACCACCACUCUCUCUUCUUCCCCUUUCCCAAAACAGUUUUCAGAGUCGCGGAAAUUUUCCCUGCAUCAGACUAGAGCUUCUUCUUCUGAUGAUACAUCCACUUCUCUCGAUACCAAUGAGUUGUUUACUGAUUUGAAAGAGAAGUGGGAUGGUCUUGAAAACAAGUCCACAGUGCUUCUGUAUGGUGGUGGUGGUUUAGUUGCUGUUUGGUUAUCCUCAAUUCUUGUAGGUGCCAUCAACUCAGUCCCUUUGCUUCCAAAGGUUAUGGAGUUGGUAGGACUAGGGUACACUGGAUGGUUUGUCUACCGGUACCUUCUGUUUAAGUCUAGCAGAAAGGAACUAGCUACGGAUAUUGAGGCACUGAAAAAGAAAAUUGCUGGAACGGAAUAG